ACCACUUGACGGCUUUCAUAUAAGUCUUCUUCAUCGCCCUCUCGAUUGUUUUCCCUUUUUGUAAGACGAAAGUCGCAAACUUUUCUCCACCCACAAAUCCUCGAUUCAAUCGUGUUUAAUGGAUACAUCCUCCUUCGGCUCACAUUUCUCGUCGUUUUCUUCCCGAUUCUUGUUGCUCUUCUUCUCCAGAUUCCGCGCUUCGAUCCCCUCUUGCUCUACAGUUUCCUAUCGUCUUUCUCCUGCUCACCCGUCUCGUUUUCAGAUUCUUUGUCAGCCCUUUUGACGUUUUUUUGAAGUCUUUGAAGGAAGUAGUCACCGACCCAUCAUGGGGAAGCGAUCUCAACGGAAGAACGCUGCAAUGUUCGAUAGCGACGAUGAUACUAGUAGUAUUAGCUCUAACUCCACUAUUCGAUCCGAUAGAAUGUCGGUUUCCGGCAUGGAUGAAGUUCAGGUUCACAAAGAUGCUUUGUUGGAUCAAGCCCUGGAUGCUCUCUACGAAAAACGGAGUUCAACGAGGGAGCAAGCUUUGGCUUCGAUAGUCGAUGGAUUCAACAGUGACUUGCAGCAUGAGUUUGUGGAAAAGAAGUUUGCAACUUUGUUGCAUCAAUGCUUAAACUGCAUCAAGAAAGGGUCUAGUAGGGAGACCUUUUUAGCCACUCGUGUUAUUGGUUUGUUAGCAUUGACUGUUGGACUUGGGGACCAGGCGCAUGAAAUUUUGGAAGAAUCAGUCACCCCUCUUUCUCAGGCCCUUAAAUCUGGCCGUGACUCCUUGAAAAUAUCAUCGAUUCUUGAGUGCUUGGCAGUAAUCACCUUUGUUGGUGGAACUACUCCAGAAGAGACCGAAAGAUCAAUGCAAAUAAUCUGGAAAAUGAUUCAUCCCAAAUUAGGUUCUAAUGUUGUUGCAACAAAACCUUCACCUGCAGUCGUAACUGCUGUGGUGUCUUCUUGGGCGUUUCUGCUCACGACGGUGGAUCAAUGGACACUAAGUCCCAAGCUUUGGCAAGAGAUAGUUUCAUAUCUCUCUUCCCUGUUAGAUAAAGAUGAUCGGACCGUACGCAUAGCGGCUGGGGAAGCACUUGCCCUGAUAUUCGAGUUGGGAAAUCUCGAGAAAUUCUCGGCCGAAGCCAAGCGUUCUAAUGGAUCAGCUCAAGAAGGAAAUGUGUCUCAAGAAGCAUUGAUGCACAUGCAUGGCUUGAAAGCAAAAGUCACUAAUAAAGUCAGAGAUCUUUCUUCAGAGGCGGGUGGCAAAGGUUCUGCUAAGAAAGAUCUCAACAAUCAGCGGAAUCUGUUUAAAGAUCUUCUAGAGUUUCUUGAGGACGGUUACUCUCCUGAAACAUCGACAAAAAUCGGAGGAGAGUCUUUACAGACGACAACAUGGUACCAGAUGAUACAGUUGAACUUUUUGAAGCAUUUCCUAGGGGGUGGGUUUAUCAAGCAUAUGCAGGACAAUGAAUUCCUCCAUGAUGUGUUUGGUUUCACUCCAAAGAAGAAGUUUACCGGCGGGGAGCCUCGAAUGAGUCAGGGUGAAAAGAGGAUGUUUAAAUCACCAAACUCAGCCCUCAACAAAGCAAGAACGCAGUUCCUGAACAAGCAACGGAUGUUAGCUGAGAGUAAAAACGCCGGCCAUUACGCAGCGACGGGGGGUGAUUAUUACGCCUAAGAUAUGCAUCUGAGAUUUUUUUGAUCCCACAUUGAAAGUUUGAAACUGAAAGGAGCUGAAGAAAUUUUAAAAGUUUAGAUUUGGUAAUGUGAACCCUUCAGGUAACAAAAAAGAAAGAAAGAAUGGUUGCUGAAUUUACCAUUCAUUGCCAUUGCUAGUCCAUGUUGUAAUAAUUGGGCACACAUUUCAGAUUUUGUCUGUAGACAGACAGAUGCAGUAAGAUGCGAGAUUGGUGUUUUCAUGCAUUUGUUAUGUGUUCUCUUUGGGACAAAAUGACCAAUCAAAUCCGUUCGGAGUGCCUUAUUUUCC